ACUAGAUUUUCCUUUUUGAGGCCAUUGUCAGAUUGAAAAUAAGGGUCACUCUGUCCGACAUUUUUACUUUCCCAACUUACUUUUGUUUCUCCACUAUAAACCUUUCAUAGCUAAAUCAGUAAGCCUAUAUACGAAAUGAGUGGUAAAAGACCCAAUCCUAGUAGUGGGGAUGCAGAACCUUCGUCAGUCUCUACGCAACCUUCACGCCCGCCUUUAAAGAAAAGAUUUACGAGUACUUUUAAUAUACAACAACGACAACAGCAGCAACAACAAUUACAACAACAACAAGAAGAAGCGGCAGAAGCUGCAAGACAGAACAUGCAACAAUUACAAUCACAAGUGCUACCUACCACCUCUGUUUCUACAGUCUCAAUUGAGACACCAGACCUUCGCUCGCCCCAGAUCAGAUCAGAUUCCCGUAUUGACUUGACUCAACUUAACGUCAAAGAGCACUCUAAAGAUGAGCUGCUAAAACGUAUGCGAAUUGCAAAGGAGGAUGCAAAAGAAUUAGAAAAACAUUACGAUCUCAUUAAAGAAAAAUACUUUGAUAAAGAAGCACAACAAAGUCUGUACAGAAUAGAAUGGGGCCUGAUACAAGCAGAAAUUUUAUUUAUUGCUAAAAUAUUGAUUGCAGUAGAUAUUACACCACCUCCAGAUUUUCCAUUCAAACAACUCACCCUUGAGCAACAGAGAGAUUGGAAUUAUCGCAAUCAAACCGUCCUCAAAGAGCUAGGAACAAAAGCUCUCUCCGUACUAGAGACGUGGUGUCAACAAGCAGAAAGCACAGAUCGUAAAUUUCGUCAAGAAACAGACCUUCACCUAAAACAACUAUUGGUUUCUGACUGGCUCAAAUCAGAAAUUGAUUCCCUUCACAGUGCCUAUCAACGUGGACAGCAAGUCGUAACGGAGUUGGAGCAAGGAGUACAUAGCUUAUUAGAACAAACCAAUUUAGUUAAAGGCAAUAUACAACUAGUAACGACAGAAGUAGAAUCUUCAGUAGAGAGAUUGGAAGCUUGUAUAUCCGAGCUGGCAGCAGUGUGUAAACGACAAGAUAGAAAUCAGAGUAAACUAGUACAGGCAUUGAUGAAUGGAGAGUUGGGAGACACUGUGAAUCAACAGCAGCAACAACAGCAGCAGCCGACAAAUCAUACUGCUUCACCCACGGUUGAUUCGGAACAAUCAGAAACUGUACCUGCUACAACUUCGGCAGCAGAAUCAGUGCAGCCUCCUUCUACCACUGAUGAUCAAGCUAUCAAAGCGCAACUAGAAGAACAUAAACUUAUCAUAUCAACCCGUGAAAAAGAAUUCGACGACCUUAAACGUGAUCGGCAGCUUCUCUUAAGAGAAGAAGAACGACUUGUUGGCAUGUUUAUGAUGACUGAAGACCGUUUAGCCGAAACCGAAUAUGUGAAAACCCUCAGACUCUCUAUUGAACACUAUCGAGAUCGUUGUUAUCAUUUGGAGCAGAAACGUGGGGAAUUAGAAAAGGAAAUAGAUAAAAUAUCAGCUUCACGACAGCAAAUGAUUGAACAGGUCAAAUCUGAGAAAGUAGCUCAAGGGAUGACAAUAGAAUCAGAAAUGAAACGGUUAGAAGGUGAUUUGAAUCGUAUCAAAGGGCAAAGAGAUCAUUUUCAAGUGUUGGUAGAAGAUCAGAAGAUGAAAGAGAAUCGAGAAAAUGAAGCUCAGGAAAAGAUUCAAUCUCUUGCAGAACAAGGAAAGCAAAGAGUUGAUAUGCUUAAAGCAAGAAUUGAGAAAUUAAGGGAGGAAGAGAAACUGGCGAAUCCAUUUCAAGAAGAAGCAAAGAUCUUCACAGAGUUGAAGGAUAACAUAAACCACGUACAAAUGCUGCUAUCUAGUUUGCAACUAUUAGAAAGCCAAACGGCGCCCGAACUACGCGAGUCUACUCUAGCCUUGGAAAAGCAAAUUGAGCAAUGGAAAUCGAAUCCUUUACUGCGAUCGUACGAUUCUGUACUUGAAGAAACAAAAAAAUCACAAUUGGUGAUUGAUUUUCUAGAAAGCAAUGAAAGCCAAUUGUUGGAGGAAAUUGAUCGCGUAGCACGAAUCUAUAAUAAAUUAGAAGAACAGCAAAACAAGAAAGUUUUUGAUUUGGCCCCUAAACGGGAUCAAGCCUUGAAACUGCAAGCCGAGAAAUCAAAAUACGCACAGACAUUCCCUUCAUUAUUAGCAGCUAAGGAGAAGCAAAUCGCCGCUGUCGCAUCAUUACGUCUCACAAAGGAGAAGCAACAGGACUUAAUACGACAAUUGAUGGAUAAAGAGAAACCAUUAGAGUAUCAGGUGUAUGAAAAAGAAAAAGAAGUCCGUAAAUUGAAAAAGACCAUUGAAGAAGACCGUAUAGACUUGGAAGACAUCAAUCAUUUAUGUGAUGAUUAUCGCAUUUCUAUUGAGCAAAAUGAAGCGCUUUUAGCAGAGCUACAGAGAAUGUUACAAGAGAAGACAGAGCAAUUUGAGGAAGAACAGCGGUUGCAGGAACAGAUGGAAGAAGACUACGAUAAACUAAAACGAAAAUGGGAUAGAAUAUCACAAGGUGAAAAUCCAGCCGAACAACAACUAAUAGAUGAAUGUGAAGAACUUAGGGCUCUACUGAAAUGCAGUACGUGUCGACAGCGCUUUAGAACUCAUAUUUUAGAUCGCUGUAUGCAUACAUUCUGUAAAAACUGUAUCGAUGCUCGCUUAGAAACUCGACAAAGAAGGUGCCCGACGUGUGGUGAGCCAUUUGGUGCCAGCAAUGUCAAAAAUUUUUACCUAUAAAUCAAUAAUCAAGCAAAACCCAUCCUCCAUUCUUUUGUGUAUAGUCCUCAUUUCUCAGCAAACAUAUUUAUAUUUCUUUUACUACUCUAUUCAUAUACAGUAUCGCUAGUACGUUAAUUGUAAUAAAGAUAUCCCGUC